AGUCGGAUCGUUCGGUUAGCGGUCAAUAAUUGAACUUAAUUUAACGGAUACUUAAAAUAUAACGAUAUUGAUAAGAAUUUUAUGUACAAAAAAAAACAAAAAUCGGUAUUUAUUCCAAAUCAAUUAAAUGCUAGUUGAUUACUAGCCAAAGUUUUAAAAGUCUAACGUUUUAAGAAAUUGAUUUUGAUUGGAAUAAUUUAGUUCAUGGUCGUUAAUUGUAUUGAAUAAACGUCUGGCAUACGUAUACGUACUUAGUAUCUCGGGUGGUAAUAGUGAAAGUGUCAUUUAAUUAUAACGGUUAUUUCUUUUGGGCGUCAUAUAUUAAUAAAAACUAACAAUUUGGGUGUAAUCGUUAAAAAAAAGAACAAAAAAGUAACAACAAUUGUUUAUAAACAGAAAAAUUAUUGAAAAUAUUUAAUAACAAAAAAUGGCUAUUAAAACUGUGGCACCCACUAAGCAGCAAGUGGAUGAGCUGCGUAAUAUGUUUAUAGAAAAAUACGAAAAGAAUCCACCAGCUGUUCCUUUCCAUCCCGUCGAUAUUGAUCGCGUACGCAACGAUGAUGUUUGGUGUACACGUUUUCUGGAAAUGUACGAUCUGGAUAUGAACGUAUCAUUCGAAAAACUCUGGAGCACCUGUAUAUGGCGUCAACAGUAUGGUGCCAAUGAUUUGAAUGAAAACAACGUACGAAUAGAUUAUUUAACCGAUGGCGUUAUAUUUCAACACAAUAAAGACAUCGAUGGAAAACCUCUGUUGAUAUUUAAAACAAAAUUACACGUUAAAGGUGCCAAAAAUAUGGAUGAUGUUCUUAAAGUAUUAGUAUAUUGGAUAGAACGUAUGCAUCGUGAAACACACAUGGACAAAUGUACAAUCUUUUUCGAUAUGGAGGGCACGGGUUUGUCAAAUAUGGAUUUGGAUUUUAUAAAAAUGAUUAUAGAAACAUUUAAGAUGUACUAUCCGAAUGCUUUGAAUUAUAUUAUUGUCUAUGAGAUGGCUUGGGUAUUGAAUGCUGCUUUUAAAAUCGUAAAAGCAUUGUUACCCGAAAAGGCUGUGGAAAUUUUAAAGGUUAUUAAGAAAAAGGAUAUUAAUCAAUAUAUUGAUAAGGAUAACUGUUUGACAUGUUGGGGUGGUAAUGAUGAUUAUCAGUUUACAUUUGUACCCGAAAAGAAAACAUCGGCUCCUGCUCCGAAUGGUAAACUGCCCACUGAAUCGGCACCAGCUGUAGCCAAUGAUGAUUUCAAUAAUAAUGUCAAUGAUAAAAAGGUCCAUUUUGCCAAAAGCAGUCUACAACAGACGCCUGCUGCAGAAAAACAAACACAGAUGCACGAUAUACCAGAUCAUUUUACACCACAAGAUCACGAUAUGAUGCGAGUUUCUCCACAAGAUUUUUUGAAAUUUUCACGCGGUGAAGCUAAAGAAAGUAUACUGGAACUGACCAGCACAAGUCUUUACCCAGUAACGUACAAGAUACAAACAACAUCACCGGAAAAAUUUCGUGUACGACCCCGUCUGGGCAUUUUAAAUCCAGGCGAAACUAUACAAGUUAAUAUUUUACUAAAACCUGAACACAAUCUUUCCGAAAGCGCUAAAGAUAAGUUUUUAAUCAUGUGUUUACCAGCAGUCGAUGUGCAAUCAAAUCAAAAUGUUGAUUUUUGGAAGAAAUUGGAUAAUAAUACGACCAAUAUUGAACAACAUAGAUUAUGUUGUAUCUACAGCGAUAACGAAAUGAUGCCCAAUACGACAAUGGUUAGCAAUGGUUAUAAUGCCAGUUCGGGUGAUAAAAAAGUUAAAAGUUCAACUCAGCUGUCUGAAGAAACACAACGUUUAGAAAAACAACUACGAAACACAGAAAUUUUACAACGUGUCACUCUAAUCAUUGUAAUCAUACUAUCGGUGGCUGUUUUUUAUCUGCUUAAACUGCAAUUAUGCAACGAAGACGGUUGCUUCAGCAAGGAUGAGGCAGCCUCAAACAAUGUUGACUUUGGCUCCUGUGCCAAAGGCAAAGCAGAUCUAUAA